GCGAGGGUUUGAGCAAAGCAAGCAGCCAAUGGGAGCGAGCCGGAGUGCCUCCUCCUCCUCCUCUUCCGCGCGCCCGCCCCCCUCUGCCCCGCGCGCGGCCCGCCCAUUUCCUCCUCCGCCCCGUUGCCUUGGCAUCUGUUGUCAAUAUCUCUCGCGGCGAAGUCGAGGCCGCUUUAAACGGAGACUCAGCAACCGUUUGGUUGAGGCAUCUCUGAAUGAUGGAGACUUCAUCACAGGGCUUUCUUGGCAAGAGUUUUCCCCAAAAGGUUGGCCACUACUGUCCUCUAAAACUAAGAGAAUGUGACUUCUCCCAGACAAAAAAGUGGGUAACAUACUAACAGGAACAAGCUAUUCUCCAGUUUUGAUCAACCAGCAUUGAGUGGACCUUUUUCUACCAUUCAGAGAUAGAAACAACAAUUCCGAAUGACAGCUGCAGAUUGCCAAAGUGAAGCCAGCUAUUCUUUUUCUGAAUGUGAAUGAAGAAUUGUUAAGCAGCCUGCAGUUCUAUCAGGAACUGCCCAAAACAUCCCCAGAAAAAAAUGAAUAUUCCUUGAGGAACAGCAUUUAACAUUAUUUUUAUUUACAAUGGGAGAGAGAGGAAGAAGUCUGGACACUGGACACGAUCAGAAACCAGACAGUGAUAAAAGCAGUGAUUCAUAUUAUUCUGAUGACGAUUCACCUUGUGCCUCUGAUCAUUCGCCAAUUAUUAGCACUCGGUCUACAAACACUAGAGAAAAAAGCAGUAAAGCAGAAAACUUGAAAAGCCUUGCACAUUACCAGGCCACCAAGCAGAUUGCCUCUAAAUAUGCCCCCAGCAAAAGAGGAAUUCGCUGGGGUUUCCGAUCCCAGAGCCUCAACAGGGACUCUCCUGCCAAAGACAUCAGCUUGGUAACCAAACGCGUGCUUUCUGCCAGGUUGAUGAAAAUUAACGAGCUUCGUAAUGAACUGACGGAACUGCAUGUCAAACUCGAUGACCUGCAGAAAGAAAAUAGGGCACUGAAGCGGCUUCAGUACCGACAUGAGAAAGCCCUCCAUAAGUUUGAAGACACCGAGAAUGAAAUCGCUCAACUCCUGGCACGGCAUAACGAGGACAUGCGAAUACUGAGGGAACGCUUGAGGAAAUCUCAAGAAAGGGAGCAGAUAACUGAGAGAAAGCUGAAGACUUCUGAGGAGGAGCUGUACAAGGUCAAAGGCACCUUGCAAAAACUGAGGAGGCUCGCAGAAGACCGGCACCUCCCCGAACGUGAUGAGCUGGCAAAGAAGUUAACUUUAGCAGAAAACAGACUAGAUGACAGCGAGAAGAGAAUUAAGGACUUGGAGAAGAACCUUGACCUUAGUAACAGUAGUUUCCAGAGACAGUUACAUUCUGAAAAAAAGAAAUUAUGUGAAGCACAGGAAGAAAAUAAAGUUUUUCAAGAGGAGGUUCAACGACUGAAUCAAAAACUGAAGGAGAAGGAAAAAGAACUUGAAGCAAGAAAUAUAUAUGCUAAUCGAAUGUUGAAACCGUCACCUAAAAAAGAUGCUGAUACCACACCAAAUAAAAAAGUUGUUAAGAAGAACAACAAAAGAGAAGCCCAGAUAACAAAGGGAGUGCAGACUUCUGGCUUCUUAUCCCCAGUAGAUUUUCCUUUGCCCCCAGACUUCAUUUCUGAUGAAAUGCCAGAGGAAAAGGAGGAUUCACUCAAAAUGGAUCCAGUAAUAAACAAAGACUGCAAUGAACAAGCAGAAGAUUUCCAGGAGGAAGAGAGCAGAGAAAGAGAAGAGAGAUGGAAAAGUGACCAAGAAAUACAGUCUUUAGAAGAAAGAGCCAAGAAACUGAGAGAUGAAUGGGAAAAAGAAGAAGUGGAGAGAAGGAAGAAAGAAAACAGUCUUAUUCUAGAAAAAGAAGAACGGCCAAAGAUUGAAGCAGUAAUAUUUAAUCAGGAAAAUAGAACACAAAGUAGUGAAAGAACAGAAGAGGAAAGACGAAAGGAGAUUCUGCUGGCUAAGAUGUAUGAAAUUGACCGAGAAACCCAAGUCAAUAUGAAGGUCACUUCCCAAGAGCAUACCACAAAUUCAUUAACUACACCUUACUCCUUGGAAAAAAGUAACAGGUCGUACCAGAUUUCAGAGACAACAGAGAAAUUUCUCAAUGGUUUUCCAGAAUAUGACCAACGUAAUAAAAUCACAAAAGGGGAAAGCCAGAGACUGCAGAAUACAGAAACUACAUAUACUGAUUUGACAUUUGGUAGCUAUGUACCUUCCUUUGGGAAAACGUCAGGAAGGCCAAGUUGGCUCAAUCAGAAAAGUGACUUCCUAGAUGACCUCCCCAAGGAGAAUGUAGGGCUUGAUGUGAAGAAAGAGAGGAAGUCUAAUUUAAUGGAGCAACUCUUUGGAAGCAGUGCCAAUACUGUUGGUUCACCAAAGAUAAAUGAUUUGGACCUUUUCCGACAAGAUAGCCACACAGACAAUAGCUCUCAGGAUAAACGCCCCACAGUCAGAGCAAAAGAUGAUGCCAAUCUUUUCUUUGGCGAAGGAAAGAGCUUGAACCCCAAACGGCACCGACUGCAGCAUGCAGCAAGUAAGCCAGCAGUUAAGGCUCUUGAUUAUUUAGAAGAUGAAAUUGAAGAAGUUUUGUUGCAAUGAUUGUAGUGUGUGAAACUCCAGAUGUGCAAUGAAUAUUUUAUAUGCUAUUUAUAGUUUUACUAUCUUUUCAGAUAUUGUUAUAUGCCUGAACUGACUGACAUAUGUGCAGAAAGAUUAGGAUAUUUAGCCUGGGUAGUGGAGCUCCUUCUAUGGUGUCCUAAGAGAUUAAAAGUGGUGGCCUCCUUAAUAUAAUUUAUUAUGUUUUGCCUCAAAUACCCAAGGACCUUCCAGGACUGUUUUCUAAAUGGUUUCUUGUGUGGUCCUUUGGAAGUUGUGGACUGUAAUGCCCAUCAACCCUAGUCAGCACAGAAGGCGGUGAGAGAUUAUGGAAGCUCUGGUGCAGCAAGGGCUUCAAAUUGGUCACCUUGAAGGCAAGACAAAAAGCCUCAGUGGUAUUUUCGUCUUUCUAUGGAAAAAGCACCCUUUUUCCCUUAGUUAUAUAUGGGAUACUUUUGUCUAGCUGACAAAAAUAUGACUGUAGAGGAAAAACUGUCCUUGUAUCCUUAUUCUUCCUCUUAUCAACAUGUUGAUCUAAUUUUGCAUAGCAAAUCCCAUUUCUUUCUUUGGAAUAUCACUACAUAAGCAGCUACAGUUUCCGCAGACAUCCGUAUGAGCACUCCAUUCAGUAGAACAAAUGCAAAUCUGUAUGGAGGGCACAUAAUUAUGUAUGUUGUGAGGAUUUUGAUAAUUUUAUAUUCUGUUAUCACAUACUUUCUGUUGGAAUGUUUGACAAAAAACCUUUUAAGACCAAACCAAAAAGUUAUGUAAGAUGACUUAGAAUUUUUCUUAAUUUAUGGUUAGACACAAAGCAGCUAUACCAUAGCAAUCCCAUUUCAUAGCCUACUCUGCAAUAAAUAUGGUGUGAAUUACAAUCUGGAGUAGCAUCUACUUAGUGUUAUGAAAUGCUUCAACACAACCUUGGACAAAUACUCCUGAUGAAUUGUAACCAAUGUCUAUUACUGAAAGCAAAUGUUAAAACUAAAUUAUAAAGGUAAGGGCAUUGCUGGCUAUUAAAUAUGCUGGCAAACUCAGUAAUAUCGGAGCAAAUACAUUUGUUAAAUGCUUCCCUCCUAAUUUCUCCUUUCAAAAACUCAUUGUAGAAUAUUUAAUACAUUACUGAAAGCAUUGCAUAAUAUGUGUGAAAGCCUAGGAUUGGUAACUUAGUGCAAUUCAUGGCCCCAUAGUUUUAAAUUCAGUUUUGGAGAAGUAUAAAAUCAUUUCAUGUGGAAUCUUUUUUUAUUUGAAAAUAUUUAAACAUAUUAAGCCAAGGAAUUAGUAUAGUUCUGCUUGUACAGUUUAUUUUGACUACAGACUACCAAUGAUAAAGAGUCCUACAAUUUCCACACUGGUGUUAAGUGUGGAACACCUUUGCCAUGAAGAAUUUAAUAGCUGUUGCUGUCUUGGAGACUUCAGGAUGGGAAUAGGUAAUGUAUCCUUCUCUGGAUAUUGUUGGACUGCAUCUCCCAGCAGUGCUAGCCAGAGUAGAUGGGGAGAAUUAUGAGAACUGCAAUCCCAAACACCUGGAGGAUGAUAUUCCUAUUUAAUGGAUAGUAAGCAGAAUAUUGUAGUCUCUGGUAGGAGGUUACAGAAAUCAGAACUGGAUGCCAUGCCCAUUGCUCACUCCCACCUCAAUGAUUUCAGCAACUUUGCAGAGAAGGAAAUUAGAAGAUAUUGUUCCACAUUGGCAUCUUGAGGAUUAAGGAAAUGGGAUGGAAACUCUUAGAGCAGAUUCAAGGAACAGCGAGGAAAUGACAGGUCUUUCCAUUUGCAUCAAGAUUGUCAAGCUGUCUAACCGCCAUAUUAAUGUUAUCUAGAACAAGCUUAAUUGUGAGAUGCCAUCUUUGCUUGAAACAGACUAUUUCAAAGUACGCUUUAGUUUUGCCAAUUUCCCAAAUCACUAAUUUAGCUUCAAUUUAAAACCCAUGGGGCGAAAGCCCUUGAGAAGUAUUCCCUGUAACACAUUCACAACACAAAAGUCUAGUGUGGGGGUUCAGUUUUAUUCUUCUAUUCAGUACGUAACAUGUAUGGAUUUUGUUUUUCAUGACCAUAUUAAGGCUUCCAAUCUGAAGCUUUAAACUUUUGUAGACAGAGACCUCCAGUUCCAUCUUGCAAACAGAUAACUAUAAUAUUUAGUGAGCAUCUCACUACAGGAUCCUAGCCACUAGUCAGUACUUCUUUACACAAAUGUCCUUGCACUUCUUAUGCAAAAAUAAAGAUGUUCUCUUGUAAUAUAAAGCAAAUUAUUUUAUGACUAAGAAGAAAAUAGUGUGUCAUUAAAAAUAAUUAUUUUAGGGCAAUUCCUGUAGUGACUCUGUAGUCUGUUACCACCUGUACUGAUUCAAAAAUAUAUUUAUUAUGUAUUGUUAAUUUGUUUUUAUAACUUUAUAUUUUAUGUAAAAGUUCUAUCUGAUGAAUGGUUGUUGUUGUUUUUUAACAAAAUGAUUUCUAUUAAAAUAUUUCUGUGA